CACUGCCAGCACCAUGCACACCACUCGCAAGCACAGUAGCCAGCAGCUCAGCAGCUAGCAAGGGAAGAUGGGCAGCGCCGGAGCCACCCUCCUCCGCUUCCUGCUGUUGGCGUCGGUCGUCGCCGGGUUCGCGGCGCAUCUCGCCGCGGGGGAGAAGGACUGCUACCACGAGAGGGACAGCAUCAUGGGUAUCUGCAUCGGGAGCAUCAAGAAGAACGCCCACUACGUGCCACCAUCGAGGGCCUGCUGCAGCGAGGUGAAGAAGGUUGACAUGCCCUGCGUCUGCCGCGUCCUCACCGCCACCGACGAGCGUACCGUCAACCCCGUGAAGCUCGUCCGCUGCGCCCACGACUGCAAAGUCGACCUCGCCAUCGGCAGCAAAUGCGGAACUUACACCAUCGGGGGGCCGGUGCCACCAUCCGCGCACCCGUGAAGAGCUUCGAUCAUGGGAAUCGCGCAAGAGGAAGGCCAGUGAAGGAGAUGGACACUGGAGAGGUCAUGGCGGAAUAAUAACCUAAAUAAAGAGCGCGCGCGCGUGCAUGUAUGCUGAGCUAGUGAGCUAUCGCCAUAUAUAUAAUGUAAUCUGUCAUGCCAUGUUACCGUCAGAUUCCAAUAAUAAUAGUAAGAAUAAAAGCCUUCCAUCAA